CUCAAAGCCAAAGCCAUGAGAAUAAAGUGGAAGAUAAGGAGAUGGACACAUCAACUUCCCAUUUCCUCUACUUUCCUUCCCUUCCCCUCUAAGCCCCCCUCCACCUCUGUCUUUCUCUUUCCAUUCUUUUUUAUUUUCUUUUUUCUUCUUUUAAAUACAAACUUAACAUAAAACAAACUUGUUCCAGAGACUGAAUAUGAGUUCUUCAGCUAGCACCCCAAAUCCUUGGACACCCUAUGAUACUUUUAAAGAUUGCUCACAAGGACUUUGUAGCAUAUAUUGCCCGCAAUGGUGUUAUCUUAUUUUCCCACCUCCUCCUCCUUUUAGCAUUAAUGACGAUGAUGAUGAUUCUGGAACAGAUUUCUCACCUCUGAUUAUAGCAGUUAUUGGCAUCCUGGCAAGUGUAUUUAUCUUGGUAAGUUACUAUACUAUCAUCUCCAAGUAUUGUAGACGGCGUAGGCAGGAUCAUACAAGGUUACAGUUGAAUGAAAGCAGGGAUGAAUUGAAUCAUGAUGGUUGGCAAGCUGGUUCAGAAGGGUUAGAUGAAGGUCUGAUAAAGUCUAUAACAGUUUGUAAGUAUAAGAAAGGUGAUGGUUUGAUUGAAGGAACAGAUUGUUCGGUUUGUUUAAGUGAGUUUCAAGAAGAUGAAAAUUUGAGACUGUUGCCAAAGUGUAACCAUGCUUUUCAUGUCCCUUGUAUUGAUGCUUGGUUAAAGUCUCACUCUAGUUGUCCCCUUUGCCGUGCCAAUAUUGCAUCCACCAAUUCUUUGCCUAUUCAAGAGGCGGCGGCGGCGGCUGCCACAAUCCAGGAAGCUCCCCGGAAUGUUAGUACUGUAUCUGCAUUUGAAUACCAGCAAAGAAAUGAUGCGAUUUCAGUGAUCCAGGAUUUGGAAACGGGUGUUAGAGAAGAGGCUGUCAUUACCCUUGUUGUUAGUGAUGAUGUUUGGGAUAUGGGGAAUGUGAAAGAAAGUAGCGGCAUGAUAGGAAUUGGACAGGAUGGGAAUGGAAUCCAACCAUUGAGAAGGUCGGUUUCAAUGAGUUCUUCUCUUUGUCAAGGCCAAGUUUUCUCUGUUGCUGAUAUAUUACGCAUUAGUGAAGAAGAUGAGGAUCUCCAAACGGAACAUCAUUUCCAAUCAUCAUUGGGAAUUGGAUCCUCAAAACAAUUUGAUGGAGAAUAUUGCAAGUCAAAUUGCAGAAAUGGGGUUCUCAAUCUGGUCAGAAGUCCUCUAGCAAUGAAGAGAUCCAUUUCCACAGGAAGAUUUAGGUUCUCAAGAAUCCAUAUCCUUACAAGGUGUCCUAUCCUAGAUUUCUCUCUGUAGAUUUGUUUUUCUUCCGAAAUCUUGUGGCCUAAACUCCACUUCACUCUAUUCUGCAUGAUUGAAUGAAGGAUCUUGAAUAUAACCAGUUGCAAUUGUUAAAAUUAUUUCUUCAAUCCAACCUCCAGGUAGAACUGAUUUGCAGAAAUGGAGAAUGGAAACAGUUAAACAUUGCGGAAGUUCUUUUCAUUGAUAUAUGAAAAGUGCUUACAAUGCUUUUGUUUUAUUUUUAUGUGUUCAUGAAUGUUGUAAAAAUGUGAUGUAGUGUUGGCAAAUCCUAAUCUAUGCCAGCUAGUUAAAGUGAAAAGAA